AUGAUGGCCACAGUAACUCCUUAUGAAAAUUUGCAGCCAUCACAGACCUUCUCACCUUUCUCGAAAUGCUGCUUCUGUAUACCAUUAAGGACAGGCUGCUUUAUUCUUGGAUACACUAGUUUGGUCAUAAAUUUUAUAAUUACUAUGUUCUACGCGGGUAGUUUGGCAAUUAUGGCAAUAUUGACUCAUGGCUUUCGUUAUAUACAUGUGAAGCAAACACCGAGUGGUGAGGUGGUUCCUGAUGUUGAUUCCUUGGACAAAGCCAAGUUGCACAUGACCAUAAUGGUGAUCCUUCUAGUUGGAUUUCUAAAUGUUUCGUGGCUUAUGUUGAAUGGGUUUUUACUUGUUGGUCUUCAUAAGAAAAAACCUGGUCCUAUUCGAGUUCAUGUAACGGUAGCAACCAUCCGAUUGUUACUUUCCGUUCUUGGUAUCAUCACAAUGAAUACCAACAAGAUUGGGUUCUGCUGGGUGGAAAUUGCUUUAUCGGGAUAUUUCAUUAUGAUGUACUACACAUACGCUACGCAACUGGACCGUGAGAACAAGUCCGAAGAGCCUAAGCCUACAACAGAUGACGUUGUGACCGAAAUAGUAUUCAGUUAUCCUAAAAACAUUGACAAAUUAAAACUGACAGACAAAGAUAUAACCGAAGUUGUGAAUGCAAAUGCUUAA